CUAUUUUUUUUUUAAUUACCACAUUAGACGAGCCUCUACGAUAGGUUAUGACUUAGAUCGACAUGCGUUUCUCGAAUACUCUCGUCCAGGCGGUCUGUCUCGUCUGUCUGCUGGUGGUGCUGCCCGUCGCAGCCGAACACACGUCGAACUGGGCGGUGCUGGUGUCCACCUCGCGCUUCUGGUUCAACUACCGCCAUCUCGCCAAUGUCUUGUCACUUUACCGGACCGUCAAGCGGCUGGGGAUUCCGGACUCGCAGAUCAUUCUGAUGCUGCCGGAUGAUAUGGCGUGCAACCCCCGAAAUGCCUUUCCAGGGACCGUGUACAGCAACGCCGACCGGGCAGUGGACCUGUACGGAGAUAACAUUGAGGUGGACUAUCGCGGCUACGAGGUGACUGUCGAGAAUUUCAUCCGGCUGCUGACGGAUCGGCUCGACGAAGACGUGCCGCGGAGCAAACGUCUAGGGUCGGACGCCGGGAGCAACGUGUUGGUAUACAUGACAGGCCACGGGGGGGACCGGUUCCUGAAGUUCCAGGACUCCGAAGAGAUCGGGGCGUGGGAUUUGGCAGAUGCGUUCGGCCAGAUGUGGGAGAAGAAGCGGUACAAUGAGCUGCUCUUCAUGAUCGACACGUGUCAGGCGAAUACCAUGUACACCCAUUUCUACUCCCCCAACAUCAUUGCCACGGGCUCCAGCGCGCUCGACCAGUCGUCCUAUUCGCACCACGCGGACAACGACGUCGGCGUGGCGGUGAUUGACCGGUGGACAUACUACGUGCUAGAAUUCCUUGAGAAUCAGGUUACCAGCGCGAAUUCGAAGCUAACGCUGGGAGACUUGUUCGACUCUUACGACGAAUCGAAGAUCCAUUCCCAGCCCGGUCUGCGAUGGGACUUGUUCCCCGGCGGCGAGCAAGAGGGCCGUCUCCGCACCGUGGCCGACUUCUUCGGAAACGUGCAAAAUGUCGAGGUGGAAGACGGCAAUGUGACCGAGCCGGGCUCCCUCAAAAAGGAUCUGGACGAGAUCGCGCGCCUGGUGGAAAAAUGGCACCAACGCGACCAAGUCUACCAAUCGUUCCUUGACAAUAACCAGACUACUGAAAACCAGCAACACAUCUCUCCCCAACGCACUGUUCAGCGAAGGAACGCCGGGGCAACCAAAAUGUCCGACGAGAAAAGCUGGGAGAAACGCGCCAUCGGCGUCUCGGUGCUAGGCGCAUGCAUCGCCGUCUGGCUUACUGGAUCAAUCUUAGGCAGGACCUCAGCUUGAUCCUAAUACCAACCCGAAUUUCCCUGCUGAGUUGACUGCUCAGCCUGCCCUCUACUACAGCAUACUGCAACGUUAAAUAUAAGAGCGUCAAGUAUGAUGAAGAUUAUUAUUAUUCCUAUUAUCAUCGAAACCCAGACCUUGUUUUUAAAAAAAAAAAAAUCUGCGUCGCAAAUCACAUAAUGAUAAGUGCUAGCUGGUGCAUAUUUGAACCCGGAAUGGUCUCAACCUGGUAUCCUAAUGCUAGGGAUGGCUCCGCUUCAGAGCCAUUGGCCGAGUGACCGAAGACGCCAUGGACCUUACCUGGUAGCGAAUUACUAUCUAAGAUAUCGUCGUAUACGGACGGAGUGCUCUGUCGGUUCUUCAUGGGAGAUUGGUGUUCUUCUCCCACUGCCUAAUGCUUGCCGUUCAAUGCCUCAAUUGCGACAGCUCUUAGAUAUAGACUAGUUAUAGCUGCCACCAGAGGUAUAGACAAAUAUACGUGCUGAAAUACUC